AUGCGCGGGGAACAUCGUCGCUCUUUUAUACAGCUGGUGAGGGAGCGCGGUGGUUCUGACGAUGGAAGUAAUGCCCAAUCGCCAUCUCCCAAAGGAGGCGGAGGCGGAGGAGGAUCAGCCUCGUCCGAGCCUUCUGGGGCGUCGGCUGCUAAACCCAAUGGUGGCAACGGCGAUAGCAAUAAGAGCAGCAGCGCUCCCGGCGGCAUUGGCGGGGGCGGGCAGUCGCCUCAGGGAGCCGCCCCGACUUCUGCGCCCCCGGACCCCAGCCCAAAGUCGACUCUAGGUGGGGAUAAAGACUCGCCCUCGCCAUUGUCCUCAUCCUCUCCUUCCCCAUCUUCAUCUCCAUCUAAUGACUCAGGCUCGAGUGACUCCAAUCGUGGGAACCCACACCCAUCCCCAAGCCCUUCAUCUGCGCCAUCUUCAGGCACAAACCCCAAGAGCGACCCUGGGUCCAAGUCUACUCUACCGUCCUCAACGGGGGACGGAGACGCUGGUGGCUAUACCCAUUCUACAUCAUCCCACAGCGAUGCACAGCCUUCUUCGACGACGCCAGGCAAACCUGAUGAUCCUGGGAGCGCUAGCAGCGCUUCGUCCCGCUUGGGCAAGGAUCCGGGGUGGUCUGGGCACUCAACGUCGUCGGGAGGGGGGAAGGUGUCUGCGCCGAGUGUUGCACCUACCGACAAACCGACAACGUCGCCUUCACCAAAGGAGGGCGGCAGGCCACCGACGGGGAGCACCACGUCUUCCCAUAAGUCCACUGAGUCGUCUCCUGCGCCAAAGGGAGGGGACGACGACCACACACGAACGCCGUGGGGCGCUGGCAAGCCUCCGAGCUCUACGCGUACCGACACGUCUACCGAUAAGCCGACAACAAAGAGCGCGAGCUUGGGUAAAGUUGGAGGCGGUGGCUCGGGGUCUGGUUCUGCGACUGACAAGGAUCCGCAUCCCACACCGACGACGUCGAAAGCCAAACCUGGAACGGGAUCGACUACGCGGCCAGGAAGGUCGGGGAAGGGUUCGCAAACACACAGUACUUGGCCUGACCCAUGGCCGUCACUUGCAAGCUCAUUUUCGAAGGACUGGACGGGCUUCACUAGUAAUGUUGGCGAGGAAUGGAGCAGGUUAUGGAGCAAAUCAUCCUCUGAGCAUUCACCAACACCGUCUUCAGGUCGCGGGUCGGAAGGUGGCGGAAAUAGCGGUGGCAAAGGCGGGGGAACAAGCAAAGGGGAAAGCACCGGGCGUUGGCCAACGCCGACUCCUACGCACACCCACACGAGUCUUACGCAACCAGGUGGCGGCAAGCCCACUGGGAAAGGGAAAAGUUCGAUUCCAGGUGGUGGUGGAAUCAAGUCCACACAGCCCUUCACUCCGACGAAGCCAACGUCUGAGUCGUCUCCGCCGAGCCGAACCACAACUCCCCAUUCAUCCUCCAAUCAUCCUGGGUGGCCGGACCAUAACUCGUCCAAGCCUGACAGGCCUCCGCCCUCUCUGACGACUAGUCCAGGAUCUGGAGAGCCCACGUCAACAGAUCGUCGACCGCCGUACCCCAGCAAGUCUACUACUUCGCCUCAUGAGAGUCCUAGCCCAGACACUACCGAUAGACCGCGCCCUUCCACGUUCACCACGUCGUCACACCUACACCCAAGUGCUCCUAGUUCGCCGCCUCCGGAAAGUCAAAGCCCGAGCCCACGUCCUGCUAAAGACCCCACGUCUUCCACUCCUCAUGGGACUAAACCGACCACGCCUAGCUCUCCGGACGGCAAAUCGACACCUCCGGUUCCUACUUCCUCGCCGCAUCCUGGAGCGGUCACAAAGCCUGGUGGAGACCAUACUACGAGCCCAGCGGUUGCGCCUUCUAGGUCUCCCGACCCGGCCCUCACUUUCACGACGAUAUCGGAUUCUACAGGCGGCGAAAGUUCGUCCCCAGCGACGCCCAAGUCCGGUCCUAUUUCUUCGGAUACCGGGAUCCAUACCCAUAAUUAUGAGGCAAGCACAGGGACUUCAACUUCUUCUAGUAGCAGGCGUUCUGCCCCUCCCCCAAUAGAUGGUGAAACCGCUCCUCUUACGAGACACUCAACCACCAUAACGUUCUCGGAUUCUGCUCCUGUCACCAUUACUACAGGCUUAACAGCCUUUACCUCCAACUCCGUAUUCUUGACCACCUCAGUGUCUGUGUUGCCUGUUACCCCAACGUCCGAGGUAACUACCUCUCACUCUGAGACCGGCGCCGUUGUAGGCGGAGUCAUUGGAGGCAUUGUUGCACUACUCGUAGCUUGCGGCGCCUUUAUCCUAUGCUAUCGCCGGAGCCGCAAGAGCCGUGGCGUGUCUCUCCCAUAUGCAUCCCUAUCCCCAGACGACGACCCAUCAAUGCAAGAGCGGAUACCUGACACUCUUGGUGCGGGGAUCAUCCCCUCGAUGUCGCCUUUUGGAACUCUCAGCUUCCGUUCGCUCAGCGAGUUCCCCAUGCCAGCCUCCAGCCGCGGCCAGGGCUCCGCAGGUACCCUCCCCCGCCAGUCGUCGUGGAACAGAGAGGGCGGCGAGAACCUCAGCACUAUCAACGACGACGCGUCGUUCUAUACCCCCAGCUGGCGCUCGACCAUCGACGAUGCGGCCGAGAGCGAGGCGCCGAGCCACAUGAACGCGUCUAUUCGUGCGUACACAGACGUCGAAAGCCUCUCGGACUAUCACAGUCACGAUUACGACGGCAUCGGCAACAUGGACAUCACUCACACGCAUCAUCCCGAGAUGCCUCCCCCGGUCUCGGGCCCACCUCCGUUCGCAGCAGCCCGAGGAUCCGGCGCGGGCGCUCCGAGCCCGAGCGCAUUCGGUGGCUCUUACUAUAACGGUACCAGCUGGAGCGACCCCGCUGAUCCAUUCUCGGACCCUCCCAACUCGGGCGCUGCGCCCGUGUCCGUUCCUGGGCACGGCGGCUCCGCGGCGGCGGCACCACUGGGACGGGCGCACGACGGGAUCGGUUCUUCACUACCCCAAUCUCAAUCGGCGCUCAUUGCGCGCUCCGCGGCGCCGUCACACAGUGACGCGGAGUCGGACAAGCGCACGAGCUCGUCGAGCGGGGGCACCGUCCGUCCGGACACGGGGCCGAGCGCGAUGGUGAUGGUGAACCGCAGUGCGAGCCAGAUGAAGUCGAAGAACCCGUAUCUGUCGCUCGUCGGGCUCGAGCGCGCCUCUCGGCAAGCGGGCGUGAGCGAUCGCGAUGUCGCGAGGAUGUCUGCGCAGAGCUUCAAGGCGCAGGCGCAGGCGCACUGGCAGAAUCAGAAUCAGACUCGGACCCAGGACAACGGCCAGGGCCAUGAAUCUGGGGAACAGAAUUUCGCCAUGCGACCCAGCAGACUGUCGCAGACCUCGUCGGGAAUUGAGAUCCCGUCGGACUCGUCUGAAUACGGUAUCGCGCUCUAAGUCGGAGUGAGUCCCGCCCGUGAGCGGUGGGAGGGUGGGAGAAUGCGAGCGGAUAUGGAGGAUGGGCGAUGGGCGAUACGCCCGUGCGCUCGCUCGGGUCUUUCGGGUCUGCUUUUGGGAUGGAGGGACCGGGGCCUGAGAUACGGCGAGCAGCGGGGUGCGGGCUUUAGCGCGAGUGUUGUACAUACUGGGCAUCGUCAGGAGAAGAGGUGAAUUUCUUGGACGUUGGCUAGUUUGCCUGUUUGGAAAAGUAUAUUCCUAUCUACGCUCUAUGAUACCAUGUAAAUUAAAUAGGUGCGUAGCCAGACC